UAGCGCUCCGCCGAGAGGACCGCCGACCAGCUUAUCUCUUCCCAUUCGGCUGUUCGACUCACUUCAGCUGUUCCGCCUCUCAUUCCAUUCGUCCGUACGCUCCAUCCAACAUCCCGUCUCUUGUGCUUCCUCCGCCGGACCGACAAUGUCUCGUCUCUGUGCUACCUCUGUGAUAUUGGAAAAACAUAGUGGAACCCGAGGCUAGUGUUUAAGUGCAAGUGAAUCCUAUUCAACGAUUCAACCUUUCACUCCCGGACUGGAGGAUUUUUGAAUUUUUUUAUUUUAUUUUGUUUAUUUUUCGAUAAAUACUUGGAUUAAAUCGCCGGAUGUAUUUUCACCUCUUCAGUCUUCCCAUCAGGAAAGCCGUUGUCCUGCCAAACGCUCUGCACUAGAGGAACAGAAAUCGAAAGAGUAAAAUGAUUGUCCCGUGAGAGAAAAAUAGACAAAUUCUUCUGAAGUUGACGCUGAAAGAGAUGUUAAAUUAAUAGAAACCCUCGGCAGAGAUAGAGUCAUGAUCACAGACAGCAAAAGUCGUUCAAACGGAUCCAGAAGCAAACAGGAGGCUAUGAAGCUGGUGCUCCUAAGUGGCAACCGUGGUGGGUCAAAUAUGGAAAGAGUACCCAUUUUUAAUCAUCCUGAGCUAUUUUGGAGAUACCCAUUGGGAUUCCAACCUUCAACUCAUUCUUAUCCCCAGUUUGAUUUUAAAACACAACUUCCAACGUCUUUAGCGAGUGAUCCAAGGCUGUGGUCAAGAGAAGAUGUCGUCGCAUUCCUACGUUGGUGUGAAUAUGAGUUUGAUCUUCCUAGAUUCGAUAUGGACUUCUUCCAAAUGAAUGGAAAAGCUCUCUGCUUGCUGACGAAGUCAGAUUUGAACGAGAGGAGUCCUGGCUGUGGGGAUGUUCUUCAUAAUGUUUUGCACUUGCUUAUGAGAGAGAGGCUCCCUUCUUCCCCUAUAACACCACAUUUCCCCCUAACGCCUACAUGGGCUAUGCCACCUGCGAUAGAAUUCCCAGCUUCUCAGAAUUCCGUCACACUUAGCCCAGCACCAUCUUUGGAUAGUCAGGGGUCGCCUAGACAGCCUGAUCAGAACCCCAACUUGAACCUUGCAUCAUAUCCUUCCGUAAUAAAUUACCAGUCAGGUCAUAGCGGUAGUUCAGGAAGUGCACCUUCCGAUUCUGAAGGAGAAGAACCAAAUAGUCCAAAUGCUCAAGCAGCUGUUUCAAGCCCUCAGCCUCAGUCACCGUUGAAUGUGAAACCACAAAUUUUCUUCCCUUCUGAUAAUAUAUCAGAACCAAAUACAAAUGGUAGAUUGCUGUGGGACUUUUUGCAACAGUUGCUAAAUGACUCAUUACAACGGUACACGUCGUACAUCGCCUGGAAAAAUCGAGAAGCAGGUGUAUUCAAAAUUGUCGACCCUCCUGGACUAGCCAAGUUAUGGGGCAUACAGAAAAACCAUUUGUCAAUGAAUUAUGACAAGAUGUCCAGAGCUCUGCGGUAUUAUUAUAGAGUGAACAUUCUGAGAAAAGUGCAAGGAGAGAGGCACUGUUAUCAAUUCCUAAGAAAUCCAAGUGAGUUAAAGAGCAUCAAGCACAUUUCAUUAUUGAGAAAUCAGAUGAACAAUCAGCAACCGCAUCAACCAGUGCCUGUCCAUCAGCUGCAGGCACCUCAAACACAACUUCUUCCUCCUCCUCAGCAACAACAGCAGCCCCAGCAACCUCCGCCUCCUCCACCCCAGCCUCCACAGACUCAGCCUCAGUCACAACAACAACAACAACCAGCGACGGGACAACCCAACAAUGUCCACUUCAAGUCUGAAUUUGAAGACGAACCUACAGAUUUGAGCACGCAUGCCCAUAGCAAUGGUAAUAUGAGUGCAGAAUUACAGCUUAGCCUUCUCAGGGACAACUAUCACUUGGCACAAGCCGAAGAUCUAAGCCUCUCUCACACUCAAACUGUUAAAACUGAAGCAUCAUAAUUGUUUCAAGACAUAAUUUGUUGUUGCAUAAAAAAAUUUAAAAAAUAUAAAAAAAUUUAAAAAAUUCUAGGAAGGAAGGAUGCUUGUUUCAUACAUUGUCUUUUCUUUUUAAAUAUUACUUUAAUUUCUUUUCAAUUAAUUAUGUGGUGUUUCAGAAUAUUUUUCAUACAUUUAUAUAUGUCAUGCAUUAAACGCAUGCAUAUGUUUUGAAUAAAUGCUGUUUUGGCUUAUUUAAAAACAAAAAAAAGACUAAAACUGUUUCCUUAAGCCCAAAUAUAGUCAGAACAAUUGACAAUAUUACAAUCUAGUUGCUUAGAUAUACGGUUUCGUUUUUCAAAUGAUUUGACCAAGAAAGGAAGAGUAUUUUUAUGGUUCAUUAUUAUGCUCUUAUUAAUAUUUUCAUUAAGUUUAUAAAAAGUUAGUUUAGUUUGUACAUUAGUACAUUGAAUAAUAUAGCUGUAUGUUGCUAAUAGCGAGAAAAAAAAGUAAGUGAUUGUCAAAUUUGCAAUUUAAGGCUUUGCGAGUUGUUUAGCCUUAAAAGUUACCACACUUUAAACGAGUAAGCUUUAAAAGAUAUUUUUCUUUCAUACAGAUUGUUUUAGUAGCUUUGUAUGUUUAAAAUUAUCUAAUCCCUAGUAGAUAUCAUUAUAAAACUUUUAUCGAGUAAGGCAUAAGAAAAAUUUUGUUUUUAAGUUUAUCUCUUUUAGUUAUAAGUUAAAAGUUCCUUUUGAUGAGAAUUUACAUUUAAAAAAAAGUGAAACUGGCGAAUUUCUUACAUAUCAUUAUAUGUUGUGUUUGUUGUAAGUUUGCAAAAGAAAAAAACUUACAAUUAAGCACGUUAUUUUGACAUUGAACUGUGUUGUCAAAAUAAAAGAAAUUUAGUAAUUGUAAUUUUGAACUGCUUUACAACCAUUUGACAUGGUAAGGACCAAAACAAGUAUUCAGUGUUAAUUUGCUAAUCUUGAAUAUAUUUUACAACGAAAAAAAAAAAAAAAAAAAGAUUUGUUGGAUUCCGAUCCUCAAAUUAAGUUAAUACGAAUUUUAUAGGUUUAUUCAAGGCUAGAAGUUGUAAAUAAAUGUUGAAAAUGAUAUUAAAAAAAAAAAAAAAGAUGUUAUAUUAUAGUUUAUUGAGUGGGAACGUUUGUCAUAUUAAAAGUGAAUUUGUGGACUAUUUUAAAAAAUGUGACAUUGAAUGAGACGGACUUUAAAAUACAGGUUAUAAAUUAUUACAUUUGUAUGAGAUUAUUAAACAAAGUAUGUCAUGCAUAUGUUUUUGAGCUGAACAACGAAUCGAAUGGGUGAUCUCCUUUUAUCUCAUUCGAAGAGAGAAAAUUAUCUAAAGUAUCAAUAAGAAAAAAAUUAUUUAAUUUUUGCCUCUCAAUAAAAAAAUUAAUAAAUUAAAAAAUAUAUAUAGCUGUUACCUCUUUACUCUUUGUUAGAUUUAUUUUAAUAAAAAUGGGAACAUUGAUGUACAGGGUGUUUUUUGUUCCGUUUGCCAAAUUGUCAGGAUGGUAAAUAGCUUUAUAAUCAUCAUGAUCGGUAUCGCAAAAUGAUGAAGAAACGAUGGCCGUUAAACUAUCUACAUUCUUGUACAAUUUUGGAACUCGAUUCAUAUAUUGUUUAAAACAUUCUCAAUAUAUAUUGUAUAUAAAUAUUUUUUAGAAAAUCUGACAAGUGAGAAUUUUGUAAUACAAUUUGUUUUCUGUUUUAUGAAUGUUAUUUUAGUUUAUUGAUUAAAGUUUACUGUUUAUCUUAGCGGAAAAUAUAAACAUAUAUGUUUGAAGAACCAUGAUUUAUGUUUCUUUAUCCACCAGAAAAGUAAAAUGGUAAAAUAAUAUAUCAGAAUUAGAUGCAAUAGUAAAAAAUUAAUUGGAACGAAAUUCAUUAAAAAUUUCUAAAGAAUAGGUGCUACACAACAAAUACGAAAGGUCUUUCAAUUGACUAAAAGAUUUAUAUUAUUUUGUUAUCUUAUUUUCCCCGUCUAUGGUGAUUUUUUUUUUCAAUUUUAAACCAUAUUCUGUGCCAAUUAAUUGUAUGCUUUAUGCAGCUUUGAACAAGCAGUGUGUUCAUUAUUUAGAGUAGUAAAUAACUUUAUUAACAAUAAUGCAUUUUAUUGUUUUUAUUAUAAUAGUUCUUCAGUGGCCUUCACAUACAUAAUUUGUGAUUUGGUGUGGCCUUUUAAACAUUUGUCUAAUACCGUUAAUAAGGAAAGUACGAAGACGUACCUUUCAUAAAAGUGGCUUAUUAUUUACUUCUAUAACAAUACUAUUUGAACAAUAAAUUUUGUGAUAGAUUCCACGUAUGUUUUUUAGUCCAUGUAAUUUGUAUAUGUUAUUGUUAGGCAUUCUAAACAUCUAGAGUGCAUACUAGUUAUUAAAUAAAAUUAUAUGUAAAUUGCUGUACAUUCCAUGAGGAACAUUUGCACCAAACAUAUUCUGGUUUUUGUUUUUCUUUUUAUUUCAAAAAAAAAAGUUUCAUGUAAGUUGCAUUUUAUUUCUGUUGUGAUCUCUAAUGAGUGGUAAAUUAAGUUAAGGCCAUGGUAUAUCUGGAAAACUGUCGGCUCAUAAAAUUACAUAUAUUUUGAACUUUUGUAGAUAUACAUAUAAGCUUUAAUAAUAAAUUUUUGUCUACCAA